AUGCCACAUAUUGGAGAAAAACAAGAAACUGAAAUGUUGACAUCCACCAAAGUUGCAGAAGAUGCUUCAAAUCAGCGGUCUGAUUAUAUUUUAAGACCAACGCUUGACUGUUCUUAUAACUUAAUGCAGAGUUCAGAGUUGGGUCCUCACCCCAAAAUAUCUGUGUUGUGGGGUAGGACCUUUUCCCAUUGUCUUAUCAAACCUGAAAAAUUCCCAAUUCGUCAUGAACUUGUGAGCGUUUUCCCGAAACAGUAUGUCAUUACCGAUGCUCUACCAAACUUGGAACUAUUACGUUCUUUGCUGCCUGAGAAGAAUUUUGAAAUUGAGUUACGUCAGAUUUCAAACGAAGGGCAACGCACUUCAGGUGUUCCCGAGUCAUGGCUGCUUAUUGAGGAUAAUGCUGUCAGCAGAAAUUCUCACAUCAUUGUAGUUAGGUCAAAGAACACAGAGAUGAAACACACCGUUGGAUAUGCAAGAACACUUGACAAUGCUACGAUGUUUAGUUACAAUUUAGAUGUUCUCGCCAUGUUAAUUUUUGAUGUUAGUGACGUACGUCUACUCUGGUCUGACGAUCCCCGCUUAUGGCAACAGUUCACUGCGCUCGUUGAUUUUAAAUGUGGAAAUCAAUUAAAUUUACAGUCCAUCCUUUAUAAUGAUAUAACCUUCAAAUCUUUCAGUAUCUACCCACCUGCUUACAUCCAUGAUAUCAGUAUAUGGGAGCGAUCGAAUGAAACGCGUCUUUCGGAAUCCGAAUUUUUCUCCCUCAUGAGGGAGAUAACGCAUCACCAGAUAUUAAACGUUUAUUUGAAGGAUCAAUACGUGCACCCAAAGACGGGAAGUAAGAGUCGCUGUUAUCGCAUGGUACAUCAGUCACCCGAUAAGGCACUGUCUAAGUGUAAAGCUACAGAGUUGCAGAUUCAACUCAGAGCUGCUCUCCGGGAUAGAUUUGGAAUAUACGUUAGAUAGGUUUAGAUUCAAUUUGGUGAAAGUCUGUCUAUGUACCUAACCCUGCUACCAUAUUGGCUGUAAUAGAAGCGUAUACACUUAUAUAAAUGACACAGACUAUGUAUGUCCAAAAUCAGAGAAAUUUCAAUGAUAUAGGAUGCAAAUAAUGAUUUUACUGUGGACGCGUUGUUCGGUUUACGCCAACUAAAGUGUCUUGAAUUUUGAAAUUUCCUCUCACAAAAUUAAGUGCUUUACAAAAUAGCAAAGAAAGCGAGGUGCAGGUUUCAAACUGCACAAAACCUUAUUCAAUGGAUGUUAUUUUCCAAAUGUUGAUGGCCCGUCCCUCAU